AUGUUGAAAUUUCCGGUCCACAAUGUGGAGAAGGCAAUCUUCCUAUUGAGUUUACUAACUGUAGAACUUGCCACACCCAGCUGCACAAGUCGCCGAUGUCUGGCUCAAACGUUGAUCGCCAAAGAAGUUCUUUCUCAGCCACAGGAGGACAACUGCACUAAACCGAUUUUUGUGCCAUUCCUUGAGUACCAAACUCUGUCAGUUGAUACAAAGAAUCUCCGCCUGAUUAUUCGCCUGCAAGCCGUACUUGUGUGGAUAGAUCCUGAGCUGACAUGGAACACAUCAAAAUACCCGGUCGAAGAAGUGAUUCUCCCAGUAGCAAAAAUCUGGACCCCAGAGCUCCAUGUAACAAACGGAAUAGUAGCAACUAUGCAGCACAGCUCUCGUGAUCUGCUGGUGUACAACAACGGCACUGUGAAGCACAAUGUGAUCAUCAACGCGGAGGUCAACUGUGAAGUCAACCUGUUCAACUAUCCCUUCGCUGCUGACCAGUGUCCUGUCGCAAUCCAAGCCUGGUCCACUGAUGGAUGUGGUACGAAGCUGGCACUUGGUGUGUUGAAGAUGGUUGAUGGAGCCCACGGAGAUUGGCAAACUGAAGAUGUGGCCUUCCGGAAACAACGAGACGACCGCAAUUACAUCAUGGUAUCACUCCGCAUCAAGCAUACCAACCCUUUCAUAACGCUGCUGCUGCCCAGUAUUCUCAUCAUCUUGGCGGACAUGGUCAGCUUUGCUCUACCACUGGGAGGCGGUGAACGCAACUCUUUCAAAGUUACUCUGGUGUUGAGCUUCACCAUGUUCCUCAACAUCCUCAAUGAUCAGCUGCCUGGCGACAGCACAUGCAGCCCCGUCAUCCGAACCCACUUCUGUAUUUGCCUGAUCCUCCUGGUGUUGAGCAUGCUGGUGUCCCUGCUGCUGACGAGGGUAGCCCAGGAUGGCAGCCUCAUCCUCUGCUGCUGGUCCAAAGGACCAGCGCCGAAAAACAGAAAGAGCAAGGAAGAGAAACAGGAUGAGGAAGCCAAGGCUGACAUCAGCGUCAUACAGCUGGAUGCCUCACAGGAGAACACUGAAACACUCAGAAAGGUGGUCAAGUUCUUGGAGGCCCUUGAUACCAAAGAGGUGGAAAAGGAGCAGCACCAGAGGAUUGCCAACUUAUUGGACAAGAUCUUCUUCUGGUUCUAUUUCAUUUUAGGCAUUACAUACUUUGUUGCCAUGACUACUGUGAUGGUCAAGUAUACAUGCUCGGUCAACCAUUUUGAUUUCUGGUAUGAAGAGAACUACUAA